GACAGUUAGGGGUCCAAAACGGUCCAUAACACUAGCAGGCAUGAAAGUUGAAUUGAAACCUGCUGUAAACCAAAGUUUUAUCUCAUUCAGCCACAUUUAAACACACUUUCUACUCACCUGUCUGGUUUUGUGUUUUUUUUUUUGACCCAAGAGCACCAUGUUUAUCUCCUCACAAAGCUCUCCGGCUGCCUUCAAAGGUUUUACCCUCGUCAUGCCUGCAGUCGCCGUCGGUAACGUGGGUCAGCUGGCCGUUGACCUCCUUGUGUCCACUCUCAACAUGAGCAGAGCGGGCUACUUCCACACAGACUGCCUGAUCCCGAUGGCUGGGAACAACCCGUACGCCAGCUGCAAAGAGGACGCCGAGGAGCUGCACACUCCUGCAGAAGUUUACACAGCAGCAGAACUGAAACUGGCUGUUCUUCAAAUCAGAGCACCAAUUAUUCAGACAAGGUCUAAAAAGUUUCGUCAGCAACUCGUUUCUUGGAUCAAAGCCAGCGGCUUCUCUAGGACAGUGGUCCUGUCCAGCAGCCAUUCCUACCAGAGGGACGACCAGCAGCUGCAAGGGACUCCUUUGAGGUACCUGAUCACUCCGUCCCUGCUGACGGCUAGUGCGGACGCUCUAAAGGAGCUGGGCUGGAGGGAGAUGGAGCGAAUACCUGCAUUUCCUGGAGUGAAGGACGCAGACGCAGAGCCGAGACUCUGCAUCCCAGGAGGAGGCAUCACCAAAGGGCUUUACACAGACAGCUGCGACGAGGAUCUCCCGCUGGUGGUGCUGCUGCUCUUCUGCUCAGAAGGCGACAACAUUCCCGACGCGUUCGCCCUCGUCAACCACCUCAACGACUGGCUCCAUCUGCUGGACAGUCAGAGCCAAGAACCGAACAGCAAGUGGAAGGUUCCGACUUCCUGGAGUCUGCUGUAUGGAAGCGGUAUCCCUCCUGCACUUUUCUAACUGUUGACAUUUUGAUCCAAACAGUAGCUUGUAAUAAAUGUAAGAAAGCUAAUUCUUUAAAGAUGCAUAAAGUGUGAAAUACUUGUUAUUGGCAUCACAAUUAGUCUGGUUAGAAAAAAAAAAAAAGUACUUUAAUUAACCUCUUGAUAUUCCAUGUGCCAACAUUACAAGAAUUCAACUCAAACAAGCCUUUCUGUAGAACUUUCCUAGCAUUUGAGUGUUUUCCAAUAAAAUCGUCAGAGAUU